AUGUUCGGUCUCAAGAACGCCGUCCUGCUCUCUAUUGCUGCCCUUGCUCAGAUUGGCAGCGGCUCGCCCACAGGCCAGUCUGAGCCUCCCAUCCCAGAGAUCGCUCGCCGUGCACCCAACACUAUCUGGAUCUGGGCUGGCCCUAACUACACCGGCCCAAGCCAGAGUCUCACGUACAACACCGUCAACGAGUGCCACGCCAUCAACUGGGAGACGAUCGGAUCAAUCUGGCUGCCAGACAACGUCGUCUGCACAUUCACUGUCAAGCCCGGCGACUGCCAGGAUGAUGUUGGCAACUUCCGUUCCCAGACCAUCUUCCCCUCGGGCCUUGCCGACAUCCGCCAGUGGUACGAGCCGAGAAAGGCCGACUUCCCGGCUUACUGGUUUAAUAACGCGAGGAGUAUCCAGUGUGGUGGUGCCAACUUCUAA